AUGAAUAUGACACAAGAAGAACCAUCUGUAACUGUUUUUAGAGAAUUCCUUAGAAUUAGAACAGACCAUCCAACUCCAGACUAUGAAGGAUCAACAAAGUUCUUGGUUGAGAAAGCAAAGCAAUAUGGACUUCAAUGUGAGGUCUUUAGAGAAACUGGAUUACCAAUUGUAAUUAUGAAGAUCGAAGGAGAAGAUCCAACAUUACCAGCUGUUUUGUUAAAUUCACAUGUUGAUGUUGUACCAGCUGUAUUCGAUCACUGGAAAGUCAAUCCUUUCGAGGCAUACAAAGACGAAGAAGGAAACAUCUUUGCCAGAGGAACACAAGAUAUGAAGUGUGUUACCAUUCAAUUCUUAGAGGUAGCCGCUAGAUUUGUAAAGAGUGGAAAGAAAUUCAAGAGAAAUCUUUAUUUAACUUUUGUACCAGGUAAUUACCAUGUUAUUUUCAAUCAUAACAACAACAACAACAAUAACAAUAACUUAACAUUCAAACUUAUUACUACUAUUUUCAUUAUCUCUUUAGAUGAAGAAAUCGGAGCAGGUCAAGGAAUGGAACCAUUUGUAUUGACUAACAAGUUUAAAGAAAUGAAUAUUGGUAUGGCCAUUGAUGAAGGUCUUGCCAAUCCAAAUGAUGAGUUCACUGUAUUCUACGGUGAGAGAGCACCAUGGUGGGUACAUAUCACUGCUGAAGGUAAUACUGGUCAUGGUUCAAGAUUCAUUGAAGGUACUGCUGUUGAGAAAUUGUUGAGAACAGUCAAUAAGAUGUUACAGUUCCGUCAGGAUCAAUUCAAUGAAUUACACAAAGGACACCACGAGUGUGGAAAGAAACUUGGAGAUGUAACCACUUUGAAUUUGACGGUUUUGAAAGCCGGUGUCGGUGAAGGACCAUUCCCCAACUACAGUUACAAUGUGAUUCCAACAACCGCCGAGGCCGGUUUCGAUAUUCGUAUUCCACCGACUGUCAAUCUCGAGAAGUUCCUCGAGCAGAUCAGAGAGUGGACCAGCGAGGAAGGUCUUUCAUUCAAGUUUGCCAACUACACCGAGAAGAACGAGUUGACCGACUUGAAGAAUCCCGACUUGAAGUGGUGGACCAUUUUCCAAGAGUCUUGCUCCAAGAUGGGUGUAAAGUUGAUCCCAGAGAUCUUCCCGGCCGCCACUGACUCGAGAUUCAUUAGAAACCUCGGUAUUCCAGCGUUUGGAUUCUCGCCAAUCAACAACACCCCCAUUUUGCUACACGAUCACAACGAAUUCCUCAACGAAAAAACAUUCUUACGUGGCAUUGAUAUCUAUGAAGGUUUAAUCCCAAAUCUUGCAAACAUGUUAUUAAAAGAAGAUUUCAAGAGACAAUUGUUUUGA